AUCUGUCACUUAUACUGAGUGAUGGUGUUGAUUUUUGAUUGUGCGUGCGAUAAUUUUUUGGUAAAUUAAAAUUCAUCAGCGCUACACACAAAUGUCGUUUACGUCCGCUAAUUGAACUCGAAUAAAACGCCGCUCAGCGGCAUAUUGCAAUCUUUGUAAUAUAUCGUUAUUGUACAUAGAAACAGUAGAUUGUAAGUAGGAUGACUCUCGCGGAGUUUUUUAGUUGUUCCCUGCUUGCAUUCGGAGCUCCACUGGCGAUGUUCGCGAUGACAAUAGCGAACGACCCUGUCCGGAUCAUCAUCAUGAUAGCAGCGGCAUUUGGUUGGCUCCUAUCAUUUCUCUUGUCGUCGUUGGUAUGGUAUGCUGUAGUGCCUUUACGAUCAUAUUUGGCAUUUGGAAUGGUUUUUGCAGUCAUAUUCCAGGAAGCAUUCCGUUACGGCAUGUAUCUCUUAUUGAGGAAAACAGAAGCAGGUUUGAAAGAGAUCUCAGAGAACCACGAAAUCGGCAGCAAUAAGCUGGAGAUGGCAUAUGUAUCUGGACUUGGAUUUGGAGUCAUGAGUGGAGCUUUCGCCUUAGUGAAUGUCCUUGCAGACUCAGUUGGACCAGGCACGUUAGGCCUUAAAACAGGCACCGAGUACUUCUUUGUCACGAGUGCAGCCAUGACCCUCUGCAUGAUCCUCCUCAACACAUUCUGGAGUGUCAUAUUCUUCAGUGGCCUCGAUGAAAGUAACUACAUGAAAAUUGGAUGGGUGAUCCUCUCACAUUUCUUAGUUUCCUCAAUAAGUUUGUUGAACAGUAAAGAAUUGUAUGCCAUUACAAUAUUGCCCUCAUACAUCGUAUUAAUCAUCACGGCAAUCAUAGCAUAUAAAUGUGCGGGAGGGACCAGCAAAAGCUUUAUUGACAGUUUUACAGUGCGGUCAUAGGGCAGCCGUUGUAAAUACUUGUUGACCACUGCAUUAGUUUAAUGUGACAUGACACUCAUUUGUACAAUUUGUUGAUCGGAUUGGUAAA